AUGGCGACGGAACGUCGCAUUAAAGCACUUCGACUGCGACAGCGCGGUAUCCAGACAUCAUUCAGUUUAAUAAAAACGUUCGUCGAUGAAUACAACGAAGACACCGAUAGCAGUCAGGUACCGGUGCGCUUGGAGCAUCUCGGUACGUUAUGGGCAGACUUCAACAAGACGCAGAUGGAUCUGGAGUCCGCUGACGAAGCUGGUAUCGAGCAGCAAUUCAAGCAUCGUACCGACUUUGAAUCAGAGUACUACAAAGUGAAAGGCUUUCUUCUAUCAGUGAAUAAAACCCCGCUAACACCGUGCGCCCCGUCUAGUUCUCAAUCCACUGGUCAUGUCCUUCCUUCAGCAUCCCAUGUGCGUCUGCCUGACGUAAAACUCCCAACGUUCAACGGCAAUACGGACAAUUGGCUGAAUUUUCAUGAUCUGUAUCUUUCGCUCGUGCAUUCAUCGGCAGAGUUAUCCAACAUUCAAAAAUUCUACUAUUUGCGAUCAUCUUUGGCCGGAAACGCUCUGCAGCUCAUUCAAACCAUACCAAUAAGUGCAAACAAUUACGUAGUAGCGUGGAACCUUCUGGUUGAGCACUAUCAGAAUCCCGUUCGACUUAAGCAGACAUAUGUGGACGCUCUGUUCGAUUUUACUUGCUUGAAACGUGAAUCGGCAGCUGAUUUACAUUCGCUUGUGGAGAAAUUCGAGGCAAACGUUAGGGUGUUGCGACAAUUAGGCGAACAAACACAGUGUUGGGAUGUAUUGCUAAUUAAAAUGCUCGGCAGUCGCUUAGAUCCUACAACUCGUAGGGAUUGGGAGGAGCACGCUUCUACAAAGGACUUUGUUACGUUCACCGAUCUCACAACAUUCAUUCAACGACGCGUGACGGUAUUGCAAAACGUACAAUCCAAGUCUAUCGAAACACCACCAACUAGCACGGUGAAAAGGCCAGCAUUUCGACCGGUCUCAAGCAUUGGGGCUAGUCAGUUUAAUCUGCGAAAAUGUGUAAUGUGUAGUGACCAUCAUCCGCUCUAUAUGUGCUCAAUCUUCACAAAAAUGAGCAUAGAAAACAAGGAAAGGGAAAUUCGUCGUCAUCAAUUAUGCAGAAAUUGUUUGCGAAAAGGUCAUAGGGUCAAUGACUGUCAAUCGUCUAGUACUUGUCACAAAUGUCGUGGCCGUCAUCACACUCAGCUCUGCCCUAGCGCAAGCAUUCACUCUGAGGGCCAAAGGUCAUCGAACGCAUCGACUAAUCUCAACCCAACCACUCACGAAGAACAGCAAUCAGUCUCUGCUGUUUCCACUACGACAAUUCAACCUGCCAGUUUCGCAACGUCUGGUAAAGGCAGUACAAGCGUUCUUCUAGCAACUGCAGUAAUUCUUCUGGAAGACGACGUUGGUAACCAGCAUGUUGCUAGAGCACUUUUGGAUUCGGGUAGCGAAUGCUGCUUUAUAACAGAAGCUCUUUCUCAAGCAAUGAAAGUGAAGCGUAAGACAAUCUCCCUACCAAUUGCGGGAAUCGGUCGUUCUUCUACUCGCGCUCGUCAAGCGUUAACAGCAACCAUACUCUCUCGAAAUAGUAGCUUCUUAGCGAAGGCCAAAUUUCUCGUACUUCCGAGACUCACAGUAGAUUUGCCAGCUAUCUCUGUCGAUACCAGUUCUUGGAUAAUUCCUACCGGAAUUCAGCUGGCUGAUCCGACCUUCAACUUAGCCAAUCCAAUUGACCUCAUAUUGGGUGCAGAAAUCUUCUUUGAACUUUUCAAUACAACUGGUAGAAUUCCCUUAGGCGACGGGCUACCUAUUCUCGUUAACUCAGCACUGGGCUGGGUUGUAUCCGGCAAAACCAAAUACUGCCAACCGAUAAAAUCAGUCUCCUCCAAUGUAGCUACUGUGCCCGAGCUGCAUCAACUGAUUGAACGAUUCUGGACGCUUGAAGAGGAUCAAGCUGCACCCUGUUACUCUGUCGAAGAAACUGCUUGUGAAACGCAUUUCCAACAAACCGUCUCCCGCUCUCCAGAAGGCCGCUACAUCGUCAGAUUGCCGUUCAAAACGCAUAUCUUGCCAACGGUAACUAAUAACCGUACCACUGCAAUCAAACGUUUUCAUCUGCUAGAACGCCGUUUGGCGCACGAUUCGACUCUGAAUCAACAAUACACAGAAUUCUUAGCAGAGUAUAAUUCUCUCGGACAUAUGGAACGCAUACCGAACCCUUUCGAUACACAGCAUCAAUGCUUCCAUCUACCCCAUCACGCCGUCAUUCGUAAAGACAGCUCAUCCACCAAGGUCAGAGUUGUGUUCGACGGCUCGUGUAAAUCUGCUGGAGGAUCAUCUCUAAAUGAAGCUCUUAUGAUAGGCCCUGUUGUGCAAGAAGAUUUAAGAUCAAUCAUUAUGCGAUCGCGAAUUAACCCAAUUAUGCUCAUUGCUGACAUUAAACAAAUGUAUAGACAAGUUUUGCUAGACGAUCGAGACACUCCCUGGCAACGGAUUGUGUGGAGAUCUUCCCCUGAUAACCCUCUAGACGCCUACGAAUUGAAAACUGUCACUUACGGCACUGCUAGUGCACCAUUCUUAGCGACAAGAGUUUUAAAGCAACUGGCAGCCGAUGAACGAGACAAUUUCCCAGUAGCAGCAGAGGUGCUUUGCCGUGACUUUUAUGUAGAUGACUUAUUUUCCGGCGGACAAACUAUUCCCGAAACUCUCAACCUGCGGACGCAACUUGAAACAUUACUGUUCAAAGGCGGUUUCCAGUUACGCAAAUGGGCGUCAAACGAAGCUGCUGUGCUACAGGGUAUACCCGAGGACAAUCGUGCGCUUCAAUCAAAUGUGGAUUUUAGUCGUGACCAAUGCAUUAAAACGUUGGGUAUAUAUUGGGAACCGGCGGCAGAUCUACUGCGUUAUCAAAUACAAUUACCCAAACCCACUACUUCAGCUCUUACCAAAAGAAUUGCUCUAUCACAAAUUGCACAGCUCUUCGAUCCUCUCGGUUUGGUUGGCCCAGUUGUCACUACGGCCAAAAUCUACAUGCAGUCAUUAUGGGCUUUGAAAGACGAAAACGGGGUUGUGUGGGAUUGGGACGUGCAACUACCACCAGCCAUGAUUGAACAAUGGACCACCUACCGCUCUCAGCUUACUUUACUGAACGAACUGAAAAUCAACCGCUAUGUUUUAUGUGGCAACCCAACAGCUUCGCAGCUGCAUAUUUUCUCUGACGCAUCACAGAAUGCUUAUGAUCCUCCCGUUGAUUCGUCUCCCUGUUCUAGCACAUCAUCCAACCGGUUACCGAACAGUACUCGCGACGUCCAGCAAAACAUCCACGUGUACUACCAGAAUGUAGGCGGAAUGAAUGCAAGCGUUCACGACAAUCUGCUAGCGUGUGUCGAUAGUCCAUACGAUAUAAUCGUUUUAACCGAAACCUGGCUUGACGAACGAACCUCCUCCACACAAAUCUUCGGACCGAACUACGAAGUCUUCCGUUGUAACCGAAGUGCGUACAACAGCCGAAUAUCAACGGCCGGCGGCGUUUUAGUAGCGGUUCAUCGCCAACUCAAGGCCUCUGUCUUAGAACACAACGACUGGUUACCUGUUGAGCAAGUUUGGGUGUCUAUAAGUUUAUCCGAUCGCUCUCUAUACCUGUGCGCUGUCUAUUUCCCACCGGAUCGAGUAAGGGACGCCGUACUCCUCAAGGCUCAUAUGGCAUCGGUCUCCACAAUUUCUUCGGCAGCCUCCGCCUCUGAUGAUUUGCUAAUUCUGGGAGAUUUUAACCUCCCCGGGAUUAAUUGGCGUGAACGCGGCAACGGCUAUCUGUUCGUCGACUUCAGCUCUGUAACUCCUCCCCCGAUCACCACCGAGUUGUUCGACUGCUAUAGUACAGCCACUGUGCAGCUCAAAUAUCAAAGCGGUUUGACUCGACUAUUUUAG